AGAUUUGAACUUAGACACGGACUUUUAUUGCAACCAUGAUCUCGGUUGUGUUUCCUACUGAACAUACCUACAUGAGUAAACGCAAGUUGAUGCGUACUUUAUGGUUCCUGAUCAUUGUGCUCAUUGGCUCUUUGACAUCAGUAUACAUCAUUUCACUGCAUUUCGCAGCAAGCGCAUGCCGGUCAACAAUAGUGGGAACUCUGGCCAAUCCAGUCUGUUGGUUGUGGGACUGAUACCAUGGGAUUAUACCGUGGUUGUGUACUGCCCAUAUUAUACCAGCAGUACACAACCGUGGUAUGAGUCCCACAACAGAUUGGCCAGAGUUCCUGCUCUGGCCAAUCACAGCAAUUGCAAUGUGGAUCCAGUAGAGCAGAUCCUCAUUGUCAGAUCUGUAUUGCCAGUUUUUGGUAAAUAUGAGGGAAUCAACUGGAAACCCCUCGCCAAGCAUCAGAGAGAAUUAGAAAAGGGGACUGGAUGGAGCUUGGAGACGUUACCAGAAGAGUGGAAAGAAAUUUCUCGGGAUCGAAAUUUCGAUGAAUUGGAUGAACAGCUACUGGAGGUGGAAAUGGCAAAUGUACCAGUUGCCUUUUGGACAUCUAUCAAAACCAAGUUGUCGGAAUACAACAUUUUCCCUGGAUGUGGGCAAAUGCCACAUAUCCUAGAACUGAACCAAAAUAAUCUUGUUUGGCAGACGUUAUCCACAGGGAAUGCAACGUUUCAUCUGUAUUCCGCUCACUACGACAUCAGACCACUGGUUUCUGAACCCACCAUUCGGAUUUUCGGCAUGAUCAACAGGCUGCUGCACCCAAAUGUGGAUGCCAUGUGUCAAGUUUGGUAUGCGAAUGACACAAUGCCAUUGGCAGUACCGGUUGUCAAGUACCGUUUCCUUCGGGACAUGGACUCAGGAACAAUCGGCAACAUGUUCUCCUACUCUAUUGAAUGUACUGUUCCACAAAGCAAGGAGAGUGAGAUUUACCCAGUUGCAGUUUCCCUAGUUGUUGACCAAUGCGACAAAGCAACAAAUCUUCUCAAACUUACGCGUGAUGAAGGACCAAAAACCAGUCAAAGUUUAUCUAGUAUUGCAGUUUGUGUGCCUCGGAUUCAUUUUGUGGAUGGGGACUCACCAGUUAUGCUCAUUGAAUUCCUGGAAUUGGUUCGAAUUCUGGGUGGAGACAAUGUCAUCUUGUACACUUUGGACCCACCUUCUGGGAACCCUUACUUUGAGAGAGUUUAUGAGUAUUACCAGAAGCAGGGUUUCUUACAUGUCUCAAGAAUAUCAGUUCCUGGGGAUGGUCCAAAUACGCCCAUUCGUCGCAACGCUUUCCUGUCCGCAAAUGAGGAUUUUCGAAGAUCUUUGGACCUAAUUGCAGCCAAUGACUGUCUGUACAAAAACCUACACACCAGUGACUUAAUCACCAUCAUCAACUCAAACGAGAUCAUCAUUCCUGCCAAAUCCCAUUCUUGGCAAGCUUUAGUGAAGAAUGUGACAAGGGGCAAAACAUAUUCUUCAAUCACAUUCCGCGAAGCAAUUUUCCCUAUGGAUGAUGAGUUGCAACAAUUGACACCUGGAAUUCUGAAAUACCUUCCGAAACUGAAUACUCUGAAUCGACUCGAAUUCAGUGAGGACACGCAUCAUGCACAAAGCUUUUUGAAAACUUCGCAAGUGCUUAAAGUUGAAGGAAUCACUCUGCCCAAAUGCUUGAAUGCGUAUAAGUGCUCAACACUUUUAGUGUCCCCCGAAAUCGCAUCUUCCCAUCAUUACAGAUAUCUCACUGAAAGAGAAUGGGAAAGACAGGAAAAGAAGAAAAUAUUCAAAGAUUUAUCUUUGCAGCGAUUCCAAUAUCGACUUCUCUCGCGGAUCGAGCGAGUUCUGCAAAAUGAGCAAGUGUAUAUUCCCUUGAUUAAAGGCUACACUCUGAAGACCAUCAGUCUGAUUUAG